AAAAGACACCCAGCGAUGGUGGUGGUGUCCCAGGCUGUCACAGCGGCGGAGGCGCGGCCUGGAGCGCAGCCGGAGCAGCGGGCGGCGCCGCUCCCGAUCCCGCCCCGCGCUGGCGCUGCCCCAGAGCCCGGGACGGGCGGGCAGCGGGACCGCCGGGAAGCGCCGCUCCCGAUCUCGCCGCAGAUUUGCUCGGGACCCCGAGGAGCAGGUAAGGAGGGCCUGGCUUGCGCUGGCCGGGGCGCCGGGGGCUGCUCCGAAGCCGCUUUGGAGAGGGGGCCCGGCCCGGCGCGAUGCAGCCGGCGCAGCCCCGGGCCGAGGCCGCCGAGCGCCGGUCGGGCGGCCGGAGGAGAAUUCCCGCUCCAGGGCCCGGGCCGAGAGCCGGGAGCUUCCCUCCCUUGGCCAGGGCCCGCCUCGCGUGAGUGCCUGUACUCACACUACGGCACACUUCCCACUGAAACUGCGAUUCUCCUCACGCCUGUUCCUGAUGUUUCUCACGAGCAAAUCUCUCCCUUGAGUUCCCAGGCAGUACCGGAUUAUCAACAGAGACGCUCCCCAGCAAUGGCAGGGAAAAAAGUCCUGAUAGUCUAUGCACAUCAAGAGCCCAAGUCCUUCAAUGGAGCAUUGUUGAAGAUUGCUGUGGAAGAACUGACCAAGCAGGGCUGCAGUGUCACCGUGUCAGAUUUAUACGCCAUGCAGUUUGAGCCCAGAGCAACAAGAAAUGACAUUGUUGGUGGCCUGCACAACUCAGAAGCGUUCAAUUAUGGUGUGGAAACCUGGGAAGCUUACAAGAGAGGAGGUUUGUCCAAAGACCUGGUUGAAGAGCAGAAGAAGGUGCAGGAAGCAGACCUGCUGAUUUUUCAGUUUCCCUUGUUUUGGUUCAACAUGCCUGCAAUCCUGAAGGGCUGGAUGGACAGAGUCUUGGUCCAAGGCUUUGCUUAUGAUUUGUCAAAGGCUUAUGAUGGUGGUUUGCUCCAGGGUAAACGAUCCCUGUUUUCUUUCACCACGGGAGGAAGCCAAGAGAUGUAUUCAAAAGGAAGUAUCAGUGGUGAUAUUCGCUAUAUCCUCUGGCCCAUGCAGCAUGGAAUCAUGCACUUCUGUGGUGUCAAGGUCCUUGAACCUCACAUAUGUUAUGCUCCAGAGAAUGUCUCUGAGGAGAAGAGGAAGGAGAUGCUGACUGCCUGGACCCAGCGUCUGAAGACUCUUUGGAAGGAAGAGCCCAUAGACUGCUCUCCUGACUGGUAUUUCAAGUAGUGUUCAGGUGCAAGACUACAGAGAGAAGAUUUUUUUUUCCUCCAUUCUUUUUGAUGCUCUAUCUAAAUACUUGAACAUUAAUCUCAAAUGCAUUUUAAGAAUCUUAAAUACUACAUCUAGCAGUUUAACUGACAACAUAGCAUUUAUCUUCACUGAUUUCCAAGGGAUUCCCUUCAAGGAUGGGUACAAAACUCUUUGUGAAGUUCUUGCUCACAUAAACGGUGUCAUCCUGCCUCCUUGUGGUUGAUAACAUACGUGAAAAUUCAUGGUAGAUUGUACCAUUGCUGCUUGUGAAACAGUACAUGACCAAGUUUAUUUUAGCACUUUUUGUACCAUUUACCACCUUUUUUCCUUUACCAGAGAAUAUGGUGCCCAUACACAACCUUUAAAAGCCCAAGAUUGAUUGUGAGAAUCACGAUUGACUUGUGCCUUGAAGCAACAAAACCAGUGUACAGCUGUACAGUUGCAAAGUGUCUUAAACUGCUGGAAAGCCUUGUGGGCAGCCCUAGAUUUCUCCAGAUGUCUAUAAAGCAAUAUUAAAGUUAUGACAAAUACCAGAAAAGGGAAAAAUAGAUACAAAUGUAGUGGUAUGUGCAUGAAUUGCCUUCCUUUAUAGACUAUGCCUCCCAUUUGUAAAGUAUGCAUCGUGCCAUAAUCAAAGUAGAGAGAAAAAGGAAUCCUGUCUUUUGCCUGCCCCGUCACACCAGUCAGUGUUGGUGUUUGUGACUGGAGGCUGUUUGCUUCCUCUCCAGCAUCAGCAUUGAUGGGCUUCAUUGGAGAUCUCCAGCACCAGCAGUUGUUGAGGAAGAGCACUAACCCAAAAACCUGCAGGUGCACUGUCUGUCUGUGGGUCAGGAUCUAUGGGACAAAUGAAUUGUCUGGCUCUUAAUAGCCUGGAUUUUUACCUGGAACUGUAGCAGGAUUAUUUUUGUGCUUUAGAGUUGUUAAGCCUGUUUGUGCAUAUGUCAAGGAGUGGGUUUCUUGCUUAGCUACUGAAUUUCUUGAUUUGACUUGCUCACCAACUGCUGCCUUUGCACUUUGAUAUUAAAAGAAUGUGGCCUCUAUAAGAA